AUGAUUUCUCAACCCUUCAGUCAAACUUUCCAAGCAUAUAAUUUUCUCCAGUAUUAUAAUAAUAAUAGCCAAGAAGCCAUGAAAAAUAUCCCUAAAACACAGAAUUCUUUUGAAAAUACACAUGAAAUUCAUUCUCUAGUUCAAUUAGAAGAGAUAAAUUCAUUAAUCAAGAUACUAAGCAACAAAAUAGCAGAAAUUGAAACCAAAAAUAAAGAACUUGCGAUGAUUGAAUCACAAUUGAAAUUGAAUGAACCAGAAUUACCAAAACAAGCUGAUCCUGAUGAAAUGAAAGAGUUAGAGGACAUGAUGAAGCCACAAAGCACAAGUAUUAUUGGUUCAAUUAUGAAUUACUUCAAACCAAAAUAA